AGUCUGUCAUGCCUGCUGCAGUAUAAUCGUUUUUCACACAAUAAAAUAUCCAGCUACUUCGUCGCGUAGGAUCUCUGUUAAAUGAAUGUGUAAUUGUUGUUACAAUGUAUCGUCUCUAUAUGGAUAUUUUGUUUACAUUGACAUAGUAAUAGUCAGGCGGCGCAGGGGUCGAUCGUAUGCAGUAUUCGCAUAAUGCUUCCAAUGCCUAGUGUCGAUGGGGACAUUUUUGACUGUGUUCAACGAGGGAACGUUGAACAUUGUGCACAUAUCAUUCAACAUGAUCGAUCUAUCCUCAAAGAGAAAGGUUGGGGUGGUUUUAGUCCUCUCCACUUUGCAUCCCUACAUGGUAACCGUGCCAUGGUUGACAUGUUGCUAAGCAAUGGAGCUGACCCCAACCUGACCUGUGAUGCAGGAAUGACAGCCUUCCAUUUCGCCUGCAGGCAUGGUAAUGUAUACGUGAUGCAUCAGAUGAUGCAGCAUGGAGCUGACCUGCGCAUGGUAGACCAUCAGGGCAAAACCGCCCUACACCAUGGAGUAUGCGGAGGGAACAUUGUAGCGAUGCAGUACCUGUGGGAGACAGGACUGUUUAGGUGGUGUGAUGGAGACAUGUACCAUGUUACACCUCUACACCUGGCUGCUGAUACUGGCAACACUGAGGUGGUCCGUUACCUGCUCCGAGGAAAGAGGUGUAUGGUGGAGACUGUGGAUGAGGAUGGGUUGACAGCGGUCCAUGUGGCAGCUGAGAGGGGCUGUGUAGAGGUGUGUUGGACGCUGUUACAGAGAUCCGGCUUCAGGAUGCUGCACUUGAAGACCUAUAGCGGACACACACCUCUGGACCUCUGCAGGCAGGGAAAGACAUUCAGACACUUGCAGCUGACCAAACUACUGACCCGCUACAUGAGGGAGCCACCAUUCAACAAACCUGAUGAGUCCCACCUCCUUUACUACUGGACGUUAUUCUUCCCAUGUCUGAUUGGAGGAGCUAUUCUGAUUAUCGCAACAAUGUUGGGGGGCUACGGAGGGAUAACGUGCGCCGUCCUCUUCCCCUGGCUGGCCAGGAGUAUAUUUUCCCAGUUCCACCGCAUGACGACCUACCAGAGGUUGGCCAACCCCGUCUACCUAGGGACUGUGAUAGCUGGAUUGUUCCACUCUCUAGUCUGCUUCUACUAUAGAAUACUACCACCUAGCUUGUGGGGUGAUGGUGUUCUGGGUCAUGUGUCGCUGGUCCAGUUCUCUGUGGUUCUGGUCUUGUUCUGGAUGGUUCUAACCCAGGAUCCUGGAGAGUUGGGACCGGGAGAUGCAGAUCCUCGCUACUCCUCCAUAACAGACCUGCUGGAGAACAACCAGAAUCCUCAGAGGUUCUGCAUCUACUGUGAGUUGUUCCAGCCAGACCAUACUAAACACUGUAAAUUGUGUGAUGUGUGUGUGAGGGAUUACGACCACCACUGCCUGUUCCUGAACCGCUGUGUUGGCGGUGGCAACCACCGCCUCUUCAUCAUCUUUAUCCUGUCCAUGGCCACAGCACACUUCCUUUUCAUUGCCGUGGCAACUUACCACCUGUAUGUGGUUGUGGUGUCCCUCGAGGACCAGUCAUUGGUUAGGGCAGUAGCUGCACAGUUCUGGGUGGUCUCUCUGACGAUAAUGAACGUUCUGACAAUCCUUUGGGAGGUGUGGUUGUUGACAGAACAGUUUGACGCCAUCGCCAUUGGGACUACCACCUACUUCAAACCUACCUGCGAGACUCGGCCACGGUCGCUAGGACAACGCUGGACAGCGGUGCUUACCUUCCUAUUGGAGGGGAGGAGACGGUUAGAUUAUGGACUCACGGGGGACAAGAUCUCCAUAGACAUUUAGAUAAUAUGGACUCUAAAACCUAUGGUGAAAUGAAGAACAAUGUAUAUUUUGUCAGUUUUCCAUUCUUAAACCAGCUGGAUCUUCUAGCCUGUUGAGCUAAAGCCUAGGCAUUACCUCGGGAAGCAAAUACCGCUAUUAAACCUAUAACAAGUGGUGUGUAGACCAGAAUGAGUUCUAAGAGAUCUUAACAUUAGAGAUAACAUGUUACUUGGAUUUUGUCCAUUUAAAGAACAUCGAAUUGAUCAGAAGUACAGUGUUGACAUUGUUAAUGUUGUAAAUGACUAUUGUAGCUGGAAUGGAAUAUCUACAUAGGCGUGCAGAGGCCCAUUAUCAGCAAACAUCACUCCUGUGUUCCCAUGACACGUUGUGUUAGCUAAUCCAAGUUGAGCAUUUUAAAAAGGCUAAUUGAUCAUUAGAAAACCCUUUUGCAAUUAUGUUAGCACAACUGAAAACUUGUCCUGAUUUUAUAGAAGCAAUAAAACUGUCCUUCUAUAGACUAGUUGAGUAUCUGGAGCAUCAGCAUUUGUGGGUUCAAUUACAGGCUCAAAAUGGCCAGAAACAAAUAUCUUUCUUCUGAAACUCGUCAGUCUAUUCUUGUUCUGAGAAAUGAAGGCUAUUCCAUAUGAGAAAUUGCCAAGAAACUGAAGAUCUCGUACAACGCUGUGUACUACUCUCUUCACAGAACAGCUUAAACUGUCUCUAACCAGAAUAGAAAGAGGAGUGGGAGGCCCCAGUGUUCAACUGAGCAAGAGGACAAGUACAUUCGUGUGUCUAGUUUGAGAAACAGACGCCUCACAAGUCCUCAACUGACAGCUUCAUUAAAUAGUACCCACAAAACACCAUUCUCAACGUCAACAGUGAAGAGGCGACUCCGGGAUGCUGGCAAUCUGAUAAUCAGCCGUUUCCAGCUACAAUAGUCAUUUACAACAUUAACAAUGUCUACACUGUAUUUCUGAUCAAUUUGAUGUUAUAUUAAUGGACAAAGCAAAAACAAGGACAUUUCUAAGUGAUCCCAAACUUUUGAAAGGUAGUGUGGUUAUUGAAAAAUGUAUACUUUUAAUAUAUAGACUAGUAGAAUGAAUGUGGAAAUCUUGCCAGCGAACAAACCAACAUCAAACUCCUCACUUAACACACUGACUUAACCCCUGUCUGUCUUGGUAAGCAUUUCCUAUGUAUGCAUUUGGAGCUAGUUCUCUGUUUUAUGUGAUGCUCUGAGCUAUUUUAAAGCCAACAGUACUUAUACAACGAUGUAGCUAGUUUAUGAAUAACUGACUGAUUUUGUCUGGCCUGUGAAGGAUCCCACUAUUUAACUAGUAUGUCCUGUGGGGUCCAUUCUCUGUUUCACAUUUUAAUGCACUGAUGUAUUUUAAAACUGUUUCAUUGGAGAUAACCGUUCACUUGAAUUGUUACCUCAGUUUUUUUUAAUACUUCUCACUGGAACAUUUAUUUUUAACUUCGGUGUCAUUGUUGUUUUAAAUAAAAGUUCAAUAUGAUGAAAUGAU